AUGGCACACCCAGUUGCACUGGGUCACAUCCCAAUUCAGUUUGCCAACUGUCUGCUGAGGGCGGUCCGUCUGUGCUCCGACAUAGACGGCAGCCUGUUUGUGUUGAUCCCCAGAUACUCCACCUGUUGGUGUGGCAGGGGGCUGCUCAUCUUCCGACGUGUCCUGAUGGAGCCAGCAGGUCACCCAGAGAAGAGUCUGAUGAAAGAUGACGACAAUCAAAAUCAUGUUCCAGCAAAGUGUGACAAGAGAGGGCAGUGGGCCAACAAGAGGGAGUUCAUUUUGACAGUAAUGGGACAAAUCGUUGGUCUGGGCAAUGUUUGGAGAUUUCCUUAUCUUUGCUUCAAAAAUGGAGGAGGAGCUUUCUUGGUUCCUUAUGUUUUGUUCCUGCUCACCUGUGGUAUCCCCCUCUUCUUUCUGGAGGUCUCUCUGGGACAGUUAACUGGUCAGGGUGGAAUCACCUGUUGGAGGAAAAUAUGUCCUUUAUUUGAAGGUUUAGGCUAUGGCAAUCAAGUGGUGAUGUUUUACAGUGGAAGUUAUUAUAUCAUCAUUCUUGCUUGGGCCCUCCUCUACCUCUUCUCCUCCUUCCACACUGUACUCCCCUGGGCCAGCUGCAACAACACCUGGAACACAGAGAACUGCAUUGAUUGCCGUCAGAAUGAUUCAGUUCAUGGCCAGAUCAAUGAAAAUGCAACAUCUUCAGUUGAAGAAUUCUGGCUGAGGAGAGUUCUGGGUUUGUCUGGAGGGAUUGAGGACAUGGGUAGUAUCCGCUGGGACCUGGCUGGAUACCUUCUGCUGAGCUGGAUCAUCUGUUACUUCUGUAUCUGGAAAGGAGUCAAGACAUCAGGAAAGGUUGUCUACUUCACGGCCAUUUUUCCCUAUGUGAUGUUAAUUGUGUUGCUGAUCCGUGGUCUGACACUGCCAGGAGCUGUAGAUGGAAUUUGGUUUUACCUUUUUCCUGAUCUGACCCGUCUGACUGAUCCUCAGGUGUGGAUGGAUGCUGGGAGCCAGAUAUUAUACUCUUGCUGUGUGUGCUUUGGCUCUUUGUCAGCUUUGGGAAGCUACAACAAAUACCACAACAACUGCUACAAAGACACUUUUGUCCUGUGCACAUUAAACAGUCUAACCAGCUUUGUUGCGGGCUUUGCGGUCUUCUCUGUCCUCGGCUUCAUGUCCUAUGAGUUGGGUGUUGACAUCUCAGUGGUGGCUGAAUCAGGUCCUGGACUGGCAUUCAUUGCCUACCCUCAGGCCAUAGCCAUGAUACCUUUACCCCAACUCUGGUCUGUCUUCUUCUUCAUGAUGAUAAUCUUCCUUGGACUGGACACUGAGUUUGUGUGUUUGGAAGGCUUGGUGACAGCCAUAUCAGACAUGUAUCCAUCCUUCUUUUACACUGGUCAUCGACGUAAACUGCUUCUGCUGGUCAUCUGUGGUGUAUCUUUGAUCAUUGGCCUGUUGAUGGUGACUGAAGGAGGACUUUAUGUUUUUCUGCUGUUUGACCACUAUGCUUGCAGCGGAAUACCAAUCGUGUUUUUCGCCAUUUUGGAAUCCAUCUGUGUGGGAUGGAUAUUUGGUGCUGAUUGUUAUUACAACAAAAUAAAAGAAAUGAUUGGCUACUACCCCUCAUCGUAUAUGAAAUAUUGUUGGAGGUUCUUCACACCAUCUGCCUGUUUUGGAAUUUUGUCCCUCUUUCUGAUCAAGUUCAGUCUGCUGAAAUACAACACCACCUAUCAGUACCCCUGGUGGGGCUAUGCCAUUGGGAUACUUCUUGCUUUCUCUUCAGCUCUGCUUGCUCCUCUGUGGUUUCUCUACAGUAUGGCAGUAACCCCAGGAACACUGAGACAGAGACUGAAAACUUUAUGCACUCCAGCAGCUGACCUGUGUAACGCUCCACCAAAGAAGACUCUUUACCCUGAAACACCUCUGUCUGAUACAGAGCUGCAUGAUUUAACUGAAAAACCUUAA